UUCCACCUCGAGACCUUGUGCCACUCUGGUACAGUUUUCAUAACAUUAUCACACAUUUUAUGAAUACGCUAUGGACAUCGUACUUCAACUGGUUUCCACAUUUGCAAUUGAAAACAUACCGACGAUUUAAUUGUGACAUUCGAACAGUGCCCAGUGCCAUCUUUUUUUUCGGUCGACUUUACCGUUUCGUGAAUCGAAUUUUCGUCAACAUACAGUGAUUUUUCAUCAAUUUUUAAAGCGUGAUCGUAUAUUCAAAUGACAAUAGCGCGUGGUGGUGUUUUUAAAUAUUUUUACGACGCGUUUUUCAGCGAAACUUAGUGCAUUUUUUUUUUGGUGGUGCUUGUGUGGUUCGGUUUUCAACUCUUGGCUGGUGGAAUAAAUUAUGUCAUGGCUGGAUGUGAUAAAUGGGCUUUCUUCAAAGCUUUAGAAGUGGUAUUAUGCUUAUCCAGUUUAUUAUACAAAUGGUGGACGGACGAAGAAGCAUCGAGAUUAUACUUUUAUUUAGAAAAACGAUCUAGAGAAUGGCCUCUAUUAAGAAAUGUUACGUGGAACCAGGCUGGAUCAUGGUUCGCCGAUGUCACAUUUGGAGGUUAUACCAUUAUCACAAUAGCUCUGUUAAUUGCGCAUGUGAUCGGUGAAUUGCGCCAUACCAGAAAAACGGAACUGUUCCUACUGGGCAUAGGUUCGUUAUUAUUUUUCGGAUGCGGUUGCAUGAUCAUCACAUCGUUCGACAACGUACCGGAAAGUUUAUUCGACAACGCCAUAAUCUUAGGUUUAUUAGCCAUAAUAACAGGUUUCGUAUUCUUAAUUGACAUCGGUUGUUUCAACCGACGCGAACAAGAUAAAGUUCCGAGUCAAGAUAAGGAAUACAGAAUGCAACGAGACACGCCAGUGAAAUCCAAACAAGUGACACCAGUUAAAGAAAAACCACCGAAACAGAACGAAAACGUAGCCCAAGACAAAGUCAUAUCCGAAUUACGAUCGUCGAUCAAGAAAAAGAACCCUUCAAACGAAACGACCUCCAACCAUAAGACGGAAAGCGAAAAACAAACCAAAGAGAAUAUACAGCCGGGUCGCAAACACAUGGAAAACAGAGGUUUCUCGAAGAAAAAACCAGUCGACGAGCACGAUAACGCUUACGAUUACGACGAACAAUCGAUCCGAAACUACGACAGCGAUUCAUCCGAGGCCUCGGAGACCCCUGUACGCGAUCGUUACGAACGUAAAAGUCGAGGAUCGCAGAUAGGUCGAAGUUACAUCAUGGAGGAAAAACGUACCUCUACUAAAGUCAAAUCAAAAGAUGCUGAAACUAUAACCGAUAGUCAUAUCGUUGAAAUACAGUCUUCCAGGGUAACAACCACCAGUCCCAACAAAUCUGAUAGUCAGACAUCCGAGGAGAGCUACGAGCUUCAUCCUCCACCAAGUACGUCGUUAUUAUUGUCGAAAAAUGGUAAACGCUUUCAACCCACAUUGACGACAACUCGUAUCGAGAGAAUAUCUCAAAAUGCUUUCGAUUUAAAUCAACAAAAUUCUUCGGCCUCUGCCCCUUCUUCGCCUCAAGAUCCCGGAUAUGUUUUACAUACCGCGUCAAAAUGGCCAAAUACUAAUCCAGUAGCGCCAGCACCUCAGUCGUAUCAACAAUUCAAAGAGAAAAACAAAGUUUUACGACCGGUACAUUCAGUCGUAUAAAAUUACGAGUAAUACCUCGUGCAAAUAUGUACGUACGUAGAUGUACAUAUUUAUUCGAGGAUACCUAUGAGACGUUCUCGGUUCUCUUCAACGUAGAGGCCGACAGACAUCAGCGACAUGGCCCCUACCUAUCUACUUGUUUAUACGUCAGCAACGAAUAUGUGUAUGCGAUGAAGUAACUUUGUAUAAUAAUGGGAUUUAUUUUGUGCGAGCGAAUUUUCUCAUAAUGUAAUUUACCUACGUCUUUCGGACUAAGCUACGAGUAUGUAGCUAUUAUUUCACAAAAGCGUCGCGUCGGUCGCUAAAUUCGAAGAAAUUACACGCUAUUGUACGAUACAUAUUUUACCUACUUAGUACAAAAUGAAUGAAACUGGUUCGUUCUGACAGCAGAUUUCAAUACAUACGUAUGUACUUUUCAAUACUCUUCAUUUGCUGUUUGAACUGGACACUGUUUUUUUUUUUUUUUUUUUUUUGGUCAUUACAUCUUAUGUUUGCUCAAAGUGUAGCAUACCUACUGAUCAGGGCUCAUACACAUCUUUUUCCAAAAAAAAAAAAAGAACCUUCAACAACCAAAAAAGUUUGAAAAAAAUACCCAAAAGUCACUGAAAAAACAGAAUUUUUCGCUUUUAAUUAAGAUCUAAACAUAGAACUCGAUAAACUUAUUUACAACUUUGGCAAAUAUUGCCAAAAAAGUGAUGAGUAGGUACUUUUUUUUAUUUUUGAAGAUAAGGUUGAACCAUUCUGCACCUAAAAAAGCGAGUUUCUUUUUGAAAAUUUUAGACAACAAUGAGAAUUUUUUCAACUUCUGGCAAUAAAAGCGAGAUUUUUGACAAUUUCAACAAUUUUUUUAAAAAAGGAGACUUUUCAGGAAUGCAAAAAAAACAAUUUACGGAAAUUUUUGGCAAAAAAUGAAGACUUAGCAAUCAAAGUGAUGUUUUUCUCAUUAUUUGUUAAAAAUGUAGAACUACCCAUUUUUCAACUUUCUGAAAAAGCGAAACAUUUUGGUGAUUUUUGGCAAGAAAGCUUAACUUUCAGACAUUUGAAUUUCGCUAAAAAUGUGAGAUUUCUUAGCAAUUUCGCUCUAAAAACCGAGUUUUUUCGUCAAAGGUUUCCCAAAAUGCAAAAGAGAUAAAUCGGCAAGCUACUUAGCUAUUCGCUGAUUGCAAGAUAGUUUUUGCAUUUGUUUCCACUAUUUGGUUGUGGUUGCAUUAGUGUUGCUAAAAAUUUGCUAAUAAAAUAUCAACUUGUAACAUGAAACUAACUUCGAAGAAUGCGAAAAAAAUCACAGACUGGCUAAAAUUAUGCCAAACUCUCAAAAAUAAUUUUCUAUAAUAUUUUGUUAAACGUUCCUUCUUAUUCUGAAUUCUAAAAACCGAGACUCGAUUCGAUCUAAGCAAAAAACAUAUCCACGAUUUAAAACUUUUUUUGAGAGAAGACUUCGCCUCCAUUUUCUCGCUAUUUUUUGCAAAAAGAGCGAAAUCUAGACAAUUUUGGAAAAGGCCAGGCUUUUUUCAGAAAGAAAGUUGGCCUGAAAUUUGAAAAAAUUGAAUUCCCGAAAAGUGAAAAAAAGUUACUUCAGUAAGUAACCAAAAAGUAAAAGUGAAAAAUGCAACAAUUUCUGGAAAAGGAAAAAAAACGAGACUCAUCAAUUUCAGAAAAACUUAAGCUUCUUCCGACAAUUCUUUACAACAAGAUGAAACUUUAAAGCUAUCUCAAAACAAAAUAGGACUAUUCAGUAUUUUUUGCAAAAAAAAGCGACAAUCUUUGGCCAUUUUUUAGCAGGAAAGUGAGACUUUUUGGCAAAUUUCAACGUAAAAAAAAUUUAGCUGGGAAUUAUUGACAACAAAGGAGAUCGACUUCGACAAUUGUAGCAAAAAAUCAAGUUUUUUUUUCCUUGCACCGAAGCGUAUUUCAACUUGAAUCAGGGCUUUGUAACCAUGUUACAUAUAAAGAAUGUGUAAUGAGCUGGAAAAAUUUUUUUUUGUAAAUUAUUCACUUGUCGAUAUUGUCAACAUUCUUUCUUUUUUCCUCAAAAUGAAGUAGGGCAAAAAUGACUUCAGGAACCAAAAUUUCGAAAAAGUAAUUGAGUACGAGUCCUGUAUGCAUUUAUGAAUGAAAAAUGCAUUACGCUGUCAUAUUCAUGAAAUGCUCAAGUAGGUAAUAAAUUUUUCUAUACAUGUUUUGGAAACAUGACUUGUAGACAACAUUUUAUGAUAUGAAGCCUCCGAUUGUUGUUAAUCAAUGUGGCAUUUACUAUACAUACGUUUAUGUACCUAUAUAUUUUUAUUGUAAAUACAUGGUGUAAUUUUUCGAUCUUCGAAUUACAAUAUAUUUUUGUAUUGUGUAGAUAAA